AUGUCAACACCAACCAGAGUUAUCCCGCCUGUUCCAGAGAUCUCAGAGGACCCGUUGGCAUCACAGGCCAUUUACAGAUUGCUUCCGGAUGCCUAUAAGAUAGAGACAAGCUCUGGAGCAACUGUAGUUGCGAGGACCAGGAGUUUGGACAAUGCAGAACUACCGGUAUUGGUGAUGAUUCACGGCUAUCCGCAGUCAUCUUAUCUAAGUGGUAUGGACGGGAACGCAAAGUCUCACUGGUGCAGGUUUCGUUACAUAGUAGAGCGUCUACCAGAACAGAUUCCAUUGUUCAUACCAGAUAUUCCUGGAUAUGGAGAAUCCACUCAUUCUGCUACACCCUCAAACACAGCGGCUUACUCAAAGCGUGCAAUCGGAAAUAUUAUUCUCGAAGCUCUCAAGAAACUCCUCAACACCCCGGAGAGGAAGAUUAUACUACUUGGACAUGACAGGGGUGCAAGGAUCAUUCAUCGUCUAGCUGUUGACGCAGCAGAGGGAUUCCUCCAAGAGAAAUACGGAUUUGAUCUACUAGGAGUCGCUUUAUUGGACAUCGUUCCGACGAUUGUUCAAUUUGCAUCAUUUACGGAUCCUGCAGUUGCGGCGGCAACUUUUCACUGGUCCUUCCUAGCAGCCCCUUCACCGUUGCCAGAGAAUAUGAUCGAGGCGCUCGGAGGUGAUGUAUUCGUUGAUAAUAUGAUAAGAAAAUGGACAGGAGCCUCGGGAGAACCGCAGGUGUCACUUGGUAUUCCUAUAUAUGCUGCAUAUUUCAAACGGCCCUCCGUAAUUGCGGCGUCUUGCGCCGACUACCGUGCCGGUGCGCUUGUGGAUGCACCAGAGCAGGUUGCGGAUCAGAAGGAGGGCCGGAAGAUUAAUUGUCCGACAUAUGUUUUAUAUAGCGAGGGUUACUUGGGGAGUCGGUAUGAAGUAGAGAAAGUAUGGAAUGAUUGGGUUAAUGGAAGUAAGGGGUUAUUGAGUACGAAAGGGGUGGGGAAUGGGGUGGGUCAUUUUUUGUGCGAGGAGGCACCAGAAGAGGUGACAAAUGGCUUAUUGGGAUGGAUCAGGAAAUAUCUAGGGGUAAAGGUUUAA